ACCUUAAGGAACCAUUUGAUUUGGGUCAUUUUGUUAAAUACUCCCGUACUUGCCAUGAAAUUCCCAAGUCAAUUAUAAAGUACUAUCCCAAGGAACCCAACUACCGAGUCGUCCAUUUCUCCUGAAAUUCCCAAUUCCAUUGCCACCAAAAAGAAACAAGAAAAUCCCAAUCCACUGUACCCACCACCAUGACACCACCACCAGUCUUCAUCUCCUCCGCCGCUCUCCCAACCCUCCUUUCUCACAAAUCCCUCAUCGACCACCUUCAAUUUUCCCUCCCCACCUUCACUUCCACCACUCAAUCCCAUCUUCGCCAUGCCCACCAAACAAGCCCUUCCACUUCUCUCCUCCUUAUGCCUUCUUGGUCUCUUUCCCCUUCACUUCCCUAUAUUGGUGUCAAGCUAGUCACUUAUCACCCCAACAAUUCCACCCAAAAUUUACCUGGGGUUCACGCAAGUUAUGUUCUUUUUAAUUCCAUCACUGGACAAACCUUAGCCACUAUGGAUGCCACUGAACUCACUGUCUACCGAACUGCUUGCAUCUCAGCUUUAGCUUCUAACUUCUUAUCAAGACAAGAUUCUGAAACCCUUUUGAUGAUUGGUGCUGGUACUUUAGCACCACACUUGAUCAAGGCACAUCUAACAGUUAGGCCAAAUUUGAAGAAAGUGAUAGUAUGGAACAGAACUGCUGAUAAGGCAAAAAGGGUGAUUGAAAAAUUGCUAAGUGAAGGUGGAUUUGAAGGGGUGAGUUUUGAGAGUAAUGGGUGUCUUGAGGAAGUUGUGGAGUUGGGAGAUAUAGUGAGUUGUGCAACGAAUUCGGAGACGCCAUUGGUGAAGGGGGAGAAGCUUAAAGAAGGGGCGCAUUUGGAUUUGGUUGGAUCAUUUAAGCAUUCGAUGAGAGAGUGCGAUGAUGAAGCGUUGAAGAGGGGGAAAGUGUUUGUUGAUAACGAGGCUGCGUUGGUAGAGGCAGGGGAAUUAGUAGGUGCAUUUGAGAGAGGGGUUAUUACAAGGGAUGAGAUUGCUGGGAACUUGUUGGAAUUGAUCAAGGGAGAAAAGAACGGCAGAACAACUGCUGAGGAGAUUACUGUGUUUAAAUCUGUUGGUUCUGCUGUUGUUGAUCUUCUCACUGCUCAAUUGGCAUAUGAGACUUACAUGAAAAGUUGUUAGUGAGAGUUACUUAAUUCUGUUCUCAUAUAUUCUCUGCGACUAUAUACAUCAUAAUAAGAGAAGAUAAGGAUUUAUUUUCUCUGAAGUGCUUAUUCUAGGUUUCAAUAACAUAGCCAUGCAGUUUAAUGUUGUUUAUCAAGCCAUAUCAAAAGAUGUAAUCUUUGGACAGGUUUUUACCUGGACACCGUGGUUAUUAUAUACUUCUUGUUGAAGUUUGUGA